AGGCUUGAGCGCAGUCGCGUCUACCUCCCAGGUUGCCUGCUCCUCAAGAGUCUCGAACUGCAUGAGUUCGCCAUAUUCAGCUCCGUGAGCUCUACAACUUCAGUUCUGUGUGGAUCUUCAAGCAUCAUUCAAUUUUCGUGUAGUGUUUCAUGAUUGCGUUUAUCUUCAUUUCUGCCAUCACAGUGGUUGUGCACUUGUGCCACUGUUGUUAACUAGGUGAUGUGGAAGCCCUACUACGACUAUACACCAAGUGCAAAGACGUUUGGUGAAAGUUAUAGUACAGCUAUACGCCGGCCGCCGUCAAGUUCUAUUAUAGAUCUCGGCGUAUUGCCGCUGGAGCUGGUGUCCGUGCAACAGCCUGCGUCAGGGACUCCUUCCUCGUUGACACGGGCGGAGGCGCUGCAGUGCAUGACCAAGGACCGCGCGGCGCGGCCUAACAUGUCUUCGGUCGCCACCAAGGUCUACAAGCUCUUCCUAAAGGUGCAGGACUGCGCCAACAAAGUUCCACAUCCCCGCCAACAUGUCCAUCUCUAUGGCACAGAUGAAUUCAAUUUAAUUGCUUGCUGGAGAAUGUGUCAUUGCUUUUCGUAGGAUUCGAAAGUGAAAUGGAAUUGUUGGUAGAUAAGUUGAUUACCUCUGCCUUGGCCAUCGCAUGUUUGUGAUGCUAAACAACAGGUGAGUGCCGCUCAACACAUGUAGGAUGUAACGCCUACCAGGAAGCUUCGGCGCCCUACUGCUAACACAUGAGGCGCUCGUGAGCACAUCCUGGUGCUCUGC